GGCAGCGCCAUGGUGGUCAUCAACUACCAACUUUAUUGGAAUAUAUUCAAACUAUUUUGCAAAAGUAUCCUGAUGGAGGGCAAAUUCUGAAGGUAUGUAAUUAUACAAAUUAAUCUGAACUAUACUGUAGUUCAGGUCCAUUUUGUAUGCCAUUAAAUAUCCACAUUUGAGAAAAUAGAAUGCUGGUGUUUUGGUGAGCAUUACUGUAUAUUCAGACAUUAACCAGGAACGGUUGCACAAAAUGCAACAUUUGAUUAAGGUCCUCAGGUAGAAAUUCAUGAACUUGCGGUCCUCAAGGGUGGGUAUAGUAGCGAAGUAGUUGUAGUUCGUUACUGUAGCAAACUACAAUUUUCAAGUAGCCUGUAGUUUUUGACUACUUUUUUAAAACAGUAGCUGUAGUUAUAGCGAACUACAUUUUGCCUAAAAGUAGCCAAGUAGUUGACUAUACUUUUCAAACAGGGAAUUGCUAUUCACUACUUUUUAAAAUUGUUAGCAACUUGAUAGAUUUUAUAGAAUGUUUUUAAGACACAGUUUUUAUUGCUUAAAAUCAAUACUUUGCACAAAUAAAAUAUGCCGUGCAAAGUUCUGUGCAAGUGCAUGCCAUCUUAUUUACUUGUAAGUCGAUUUGACGAUUUGUUAUACGGUUACAUUACAGCCUGAGCUACUAGCAGAUGCUCCAAAUACAGUAAAACUAAAAAAUAUUGCUUAGCGAAAUAGCAAAAUAGUUCGCUACAUUUUCUAAGCAGUAGCUGUAGUCAGUAGCGAACUACUUUUAUUUAAAAGUAGCAGUAAUUUGUAGCUGCAUGACUACAUAUUUUUGAUGUAGCUGUAGCUAUAGCGAACUACAAAAAUUUUGUUGACAACCCACCCUUAGCGGUCCUGCAAUUCUGGUGCAGCGCUCUGCAUUCUGGUGUAGUGCUCGAUCUGCAGCGGUAGAUUAGCCUCUUCAUAUUUAUAAUACACCUUAAAAACUACCAUUUCUUUUUAAUACUUUCCUAAUUUUCGUGCCCAAUUUUUAAGUAGAAUUUUCAAAAUUUUACUCUGAUUGUUUUUGGUUUGUUGUUGUUUUUUUUUGGGGGGUUAUUUUUUUUUGGGGGGGGGGGGGUUGUUCCCCUUAUUCCUACCGGUACUUCUGAAAAGUUGGGGGGCUCCUAACUCCCACCCCCCAAUCUAUUUCCCAAUAACAAAAUGUCCAAUUGUGUUGGUACUUAGCCCAUUUUAAGCACCACUAGCACUCUUCCCUUGACAAGUAAAAUCGUCUGGAGAUAGACAGAGUAAAGUAAUAAAGUAGGGUGCAUUCCCCCCUCCCUUAAUUUUUGGGAAAACAUGGGGCCCCAAAUUAAAAAUUUGCCCUGUGCCGCCAAAUUUCUCUGUGACCAGAUUGCCCAUAAAAUAUAAAACCUGAAAAUGUUUCUAGUAGUAGCCUAAUAAGGUCUCUGGCACAGCUAUAAAUUUGUACUGUAACUAUAUAUACAAUAAUACAUGUGAGUACAUUCACCUGAGUACAUGCCUGCACAACACCAGCACAGAAAAAAAUCAGGAAUGAGUGGUUUAACUGUUUUCUUACGGGUUAAACCAGGACAGUGUCCCAUUCAGAUCGGGACAGUUGGAACAUUUGCAGUUGUUGACAAUUACAGUAAUUAUAAUGUAACUCCAUGUUGAAUACUUAAAAAAGGAUGUAGUUUUAAAAGCAUGAUGCUGCGCACAAAUACCCUGGGUUCCACACAAAUUAUAGUACUACAAUUAUUUCACAAGCAUGCAUGCAUGAAAACAGAAAAGCAUGUAUUUAUACUGAUUUAUUUAUGGGGUUGGGACGUUGGGUACUUGGGUUACUCUUGCUUAGGGGCGGACCAUUAGAAAAGUGAUGGGGGGGGAGCAAAAAUAAAAAUGGAGCAGGGGAAACAGAAAAAAAAAAUUCGUGCACCAGAAAUGUUUGAAAAAAAAAUUGUGCAGAGACUUUUCAAUUGGGAAAAUUAUAAGUUGACAGGGCGGGCCUAUCAGAGGUAUAGUGUAAGGGUGGCCCCCAAAUUUGGAAAAAUGAAAGAAAAAUAAUUUGAAACUUUUUUUGAUAUAAGUAAUGGUGUGAGAAAAAAUUUUCUAAACCUAAAUGUAGCGGAUAUUGGUGGAAAAAAGCGUUUUAAUCAUGUUUUAAGAAGAUUUUUUCAGGGAAAAUGUGUUUUAAACCUUAACUAAACUGAUGUUAGUCCGGAAAAAAUUUUUUGACCCCUUUUUUUUCUUUGUCCUGAAAAAAUUUUUAAGGCCGGAAAAAAUUUUUCACCUCCUGACACAGCAAAAAAUUUUGAAUUUCGACACAGCAAAAAAUUUUGAAAAAAUAAUCGUGCACGUUGAAAAUGGACCACCCCCACCCCCAUCACUUUUCUAAUGGUCCGUCCCUUAAUUGAUUGCCAUAUUUUAAUAGGAAUUGAUCCAGAAUGCAGAUGACGCAGGCGCAACCGAAGUCAGUUUUCUUUUUGAUGAACGAAAUUAUGGAGUCAAAUCUUUGGAAAAUCCCAAACUUGCUCGCUUUCAAGGCCCAGCUCUUUACUGUCACAACAAUGCCAUAUUCAAAGAGCAAGACUGGGAAGGUAUUCGCAAUCUCAUGAAAAGUAACAAGAAAGAAGAUCCUUUGAAAAUUGGUCGUUUUGGUAUUGGGUUUAAUUCGGUUUAUCAUAUAACAGGUAUUUACAAUUUUUGGAUAUAAACAUACAUCUUUUCUAAAGGUUUUUACAUUUAACAGCUAUUAUACCAAGGGUGGAUCUAGCCUCAUUUGUUAGAGGGGGUGGGGGUUUUCUUGAGGGAGUGCAUUAUUAGGGGUCUGGGGCAUUUGAUAUUUGAAAUUAAGCCCUGAAAUAUAUAUGCCAUUUAAUGCCCUGAAAUGCCAUUUAAUGCAUUCUGAGCGUUGAAUAUACUUUUUCACUAAAUCACGGUUAAUAGAUAUAUUCGCUAUGUAUAUAACUCAUAUUAGUCCUAUCAUAUUAAUUUAUUUAUAAUAAUGUAUUUGGGCCAAUUGGGGUAUAUAUCGUACAGUAGCAACACCAACUGCUAUGUUAUAUUAUGAUUGUAGAUAUAGUGACCCACUGACACUGUAUUAACUACUGCUUGAAUAAAAUAUGAAUAUUUUCUCGUGAACUCGAGAAUCAAUCGUUGCAAUAUAAUAAAUGGUGGCCGGACAUUUUGCCGAAAGACAUUUUGCCCAGCGGACAUUUUGCCGACGAACGUUUUGCCGAACGGACGUUUCAAUGCCGAACGGACAUGUUUUGCCGAACGGACAUGUUUUGCCGAACGGACAACUUGCUGAAAAUAAAGAUAUCUUCUGAACGUUAAAGGUUCGCUUACAAGGUCAAGGUUUUGGUUUCUGUGAUUAAAGACAUUGACAUUGUCGUUUUUUGAUGACAAAAAACUUUGAUAGCGAAGACGAAGUAUAGUUUCGUUUUAUAUUCUUUCAACUUCAAGUUUUUGACAAGUUCAGUACCGAAAUUUCGUAAUAUAAAGAAUAACUCAUUCAACAUCAUUCAUGAAUGCGAUUUCCCCGAGAACUGUGAAUGUAUUCAAUGACAAUGAUUCUCAAAGACAAAGUGAAAUUCGCUUACGUUGUUGUCUUUAUAUACGCUUGCUUGUUUAUGAUUUGAAUUUUUAUAAAAAAAUUCGUCGUCAAAAUACGUUCCGAACAAAUGAGUCAUCCGCUGCACAAACAAGCUACCCAUACUCCAUAGUCAAUAUGAUUAUGCCCUGCUAACGACACAUUAAGCCUGGUUCACAUUGAUCGUAAACAUCGGCGAUGCCCAUUGUCGGUGGUCAUUGAUGCAUAAAAUGUCGUUUUGUGCAUUUUCUUCUUCGUUGCUCACAGACAAUGGAUCGUAGAACAUCGCCGAUCAAUGUGAACCAGGCUUAAUGCACUGCUAAUGAUUAUUUAAUGGUUAUUUUACACAAUGGUCGAGAAUUACAAAGUUGAGAAAUGAGGCACAGUUCAAACAUUGUGACGAAAGAACAUCUCUAUUUUCGGCAAGUUGUCCUUUCGGCAAACUGUCCGUUCGGCAAAAUGUCCGUUCGGCAAAACGUCCGUCGGCAAAAUGUCCGUUCGGAUCUCAUCCAAUAACCAUUUACUGCUUGCGAGUUAUUAAAAAAUGCUUUCGUUCAGUCCUUUGAUAUGCAAAUUACCAACAAAGGAAAAACAGUGUCAAAACAGAAAACAUAAUGUAGGAAUUAUAUAUACCCAGUGACGUAGGCGUAGCCUGUAUUGACCUUUUUAGACCCUGUAUAGACCCUACGUAGGCGUAGCCUGUAUUAACCAUUUUAAUACAAAAUUAUUAUAAACUUUUACAAAAUUUGCUUUGUUUACAAAAGUUAUAUUAUGUGUAGAUUGCUAAUUUGUCCUCCAGAUGCAUCGUUACAGGCGCUGUGACGUCAUAUGCAAUGGGUUUAUAUCUGUUUGCCCGCUGGCAAAAUAUAGCCUGCGAAAACAGCCUCUACUAACACCGCGGAAAAACGUCUGCGCAUGCGUCAACCUUACCUGUAAUAGUAUUGCGAACUUGAUGAGAAGCUGUUCCGAACGUUUCCGAAGGCUCAAAAUGGCGGUAAAAAGGAGUGACUUCAUUGUGCGUCUUUACAGCCAGAUUUCGAGCGCAAAAAUAAACAUGUCAUUCUAAAAACUAGGAAUAAAUACAGCCAGAAGGUUCAAGAAAUUGUGUUGUACAAGAACAUGAACUAAAGGUGAUUGUUGACAAAUUUAUCGUCUGAAACAUUUUGUUUAUCAACAAAGCAACGACAAUUUCCGAAUUUUCGUUUGAGAUACAUUUCUUUAAAAAAAACUGUGUCGCCAAAUAUAAAAAAUUUGCGUGUUCACAAUAAUUAAACUUUAGGAUUUAUUCUACAAUUUGAGUGGGUUAAGAAGCUUAACUUUUCGGGAGUUUUCUUAACUUUUUAGUUUGAAUUUUUGUUUUGAAUAAUUUUGCAAACAUUUUCGAAGUCGUGUCCGUUAAAAUCAACAAUUUUUUACAUGAAUUUUAUUUCAUUCCAUACUUUAAAUGCCAGGACGCUUUCAAUUAAUGUCUAGUCUACCCAUUUGCUAUAUUUUCUCGUUUGUUUUACUAAUUUUUGACCAAUUAAUAAGCAUGUUUUUGUUUUAGAAAUUGAUAUUCAAAUUCCCCGCCAUAUUUUCAUAAUUUGGUGCAUGCGCAGACGUUUUUCCGCGGUGUUGCCUCUACUUUGCUGCUCCUAUUAAUAUAACGUCGCACAAAUGUUGUGCGACGUUAUAUUAAUAGGAGCAGCAAAGUAGAGGCUGUUUUCACAGGCUAGGCAAAAUAUUGCAUUGGGUCCCCCUUGGCCUUGGAAAUAUUCUGACCAGUACAAGCACGUCCAUUAUAUUUUCAUUUCUUGUAAUGCAAAUUUUAUAUAUUGCUAUGUUUUAGUUGUUCUGUAUUCGUUUAUGAUUAAGGGACCGGUCAUUAUUUAUGGUGGGGGGUGGCACCGAAGAGAAAUGUUCUCAUAACAAUUAAGAAAUAAAGACCCACCCCUGGCCAAAAACUUUACAAACGGAUACCAUUCAGUUGUCACGCAUGUCCUUUACCACUUCUGUGACAUUAAUUUGAUAACGGAUCGUGUAAUUUUCUGCAUUUAUGUUGUCUGCACAUAUACUUUCUUUGGAGACAGUACCAUUUGUCUCGGAAAAUGAUCAAGAUAGUGACACUGAUUGAUUCACAUAUUGUAUUGACAUAUCACUGUUAACAGUGCUUUUUUGGUUUCCAAUAUUUCAGUGAGUCAUGCUUUAGCCCGCGUGCAGGCCCAAGAGAACUGCCUUGGGCCUGCACGCGGGCUAGUCAUGCUUUGGAAAUGACAAUAAAUUUUUAUUACCCAACCCUUGAGUUAUUUUGUUUUUCAUUUACCCAACCUUUUACUUGCUCAAAAUUUAGUUUACCCAACCUUUUUCUCUUCGGUGCCACCCCGCCAUAAAUAGUGACCAGUCCCUAAAUAGAGUUGUUUUGUGUUAAUUGGUUAUUAAAAUCACCAAAACACGAUAAAAUAGCACCGAGAAUGCAUAAAACAUGGCACUUUACCGACUCUAGAAUAUAAAAAUUUGCCCCUAAGGCUAAACGUUAAUUGUACUAUGGACAACGUGGUGCUGAGUAAAUUUCUUCGCCCCCCCUGGGAUUUUUUUGGCCCUCCUUGUCUAGAAAUCCUGGCUACGUCACUGAUUAUACGGAGCUAAAAACAACACCGGAGGUCCACUUAAACUGGAUAGGGAAACAUAUUUUCAAUCACCCGCAAUGCUAUUAUGAUCUUUAUUGUUCAAGUACUUGGACAGGUACAGUUUCAACCACUGGCGUAGCCAGUGUCUAAACUGGGGGGGGGGGGAAGUGUUUGGCAAAAGAGCGCGCCAAAGCCGCGAGGAAUGUAGGGAUGGGGGUACGGGGGCAACUCCAUUUCACGUAUUUCAAGACGAGGUUUGAAGAAAAGCUACCACCGCAAACAUUUUUAAGUUAGGCGACUGGUUCGAUCGAAAACAUAUUUUUGUAAAACAUCGUAUUGUACACACAAAUCAUAGUACAACUUCGUUUUUGAAGUGGAACUUAUGUUGUAAUAAAAAGAAUCAACUUUGAACUUUUGCUUUGCGUGUAAAUUCAAGUUCGAAUGUGCUUUCAACUGACCACCAUACAUUCGAUAGGCAUUUUUUACUGGAGUUAGGAUUCUAGAUAGGGAAGGCCACAACUUUUAUUGGGAAUCAUUAUUCACACCUUUUCACAGGGCAGUCAUUUUGCCCCUCUCUUGACUACGCCACUAGUUUCAACCAUAGAUAUCUUAUAUAGACUAGAUAGCGCAUCUCUUUUAGUAAAAUUGAAGUCAAGAAUAUUCCAGCGGUUACCGCCAUUUAAUAGUAGAUGGCGGCCAUGUUGAAGUUUCCCACUCGCUAAUAAACGCUUAAAACACAACAAUAACUUUCAUCAUUUGAAUAGUUUGAAAAUGUAUUUGGAAUAGGUUUAACUUAAUGUUUAAGUUCCCUGUUUAAGAAAUAGAAAACAUACGAGUCUUCUCAUUUCAUGGGAAUAUCCUGAGUCUGCAAUCACGGCUUCAAUUUUUGAAUUGCAGAAUAAUUAGAUGCACUAUCUAGUGUAUAUAAGAUAUCUAUGAUUUCAACAAGGGCGUUUACAGUAUAUAUAGGGCGGUGGGCGGUGCAACGCCAGUCGUUUGAUUGAUCGACGUGCGAUGUAGUAGGGACUGGGGCGAGCGUGUUCUCGCGCGAAAAUCCAACAAAAACAGAUCAUUUUUUUGGCAGGUUUUUUUUUCGAUUUUUCCUUAUUUACUUGUUUGAAGAAACCUAUUCAGGUUUACAAAUGAAAUAUUACCUAUUCAGGUUUACAAAUGAAAUAUUAGGCUUUUUCUGUGGAUAUAUUACAUUUUUUUUAUGUGGAAACAGUUGUGAUAGACAUGAUUUAAUGUGGAAUUACUUGCCUUUGCUCUUUUUCCGACUUCCUUGGCGGCGAAAUAUAUUUUUCAACGACGAAAAUAACAGCACAAAGUGGGUAUGUUGAAGUUUUUCCCCUUUAUAAUAUCUCAUCCUUAUAUUUUAUGAAGUUUGGCCGUUCAAGUCGAAGUCUACUGUUAUUAGAAAUGCCAAAUGUCUACUGCCAAAAACGACUGUUUUUCAAGUUUAUUUUACAUAAUUAUGUUUUAAUAAGCACACAAUGUCAAUGGACAGUGAACUACAGAUAGGACCAAGACCCAGGUUGAAUUUUCGAUAAAAUUUUAGCCAAUUUGCUCUGUUAAACUUUCUAUUGACUUGGUUAGAAGAUUCGCUGUAAAGUCUUCUGAUUUUUGUUCUUCGAAACUUGUGUUUAAUUUGCAAACUAACACAGUAACAGUAUAUUAUGAUUUAUUAUUAUGAUAAUAAUAAUAAUAUUAAACAAAGUAGACUAGCUCGAUGCACGCCUGAGCGCCACGUGCGAGGGUAAAAAUUUUCACCACGUCUUUUUGGGCUAUGUACUUAUCAGCUAUUCCUUUCCGCUCAGCAUCAGAGACAGAGGCUCAGCAUUAUAUGUUUACAAAAACUAGGUUUUUAGUAAAUUGAGCUGCAAAGCCCAGAUUAUGGUGAUAUUAUUUGGGGAGAUAAGAAUAAUGUAGAAAUAAUGGUUAGGGAGUGGUCAUUAUUUAUGGGGAGGGGGGGUUGGGAAAUGGGAGGGGGGGGGCAAAAGAAGUUUUACCCUUAUAAAUAGGGGGGUCAAAAAAGUAUUAGCAUAGAGAAAGGGGGGGUCAUAAAAGUUCUUGAACUUAAAUACCAUGUCUAGAGUUCUGAUUUCUAUAAUCACAAAUAGCAAAAAAGACGACUUUGAAAAUGCUAUUUCCAACGAUCUAGAGACUCAAAAUUUUCAAAAUUUCCGUGCUCGGCGCCAACCAUGGUAGCGCCUUGCGAUCGUGGGAGUCGGACCCACUAAGUUUAACAAGCUUUCUACCCCCUGAGUGACCCAGUUGUGGUAUUUACAUAAACAUACCAUGCAAGUACACUUAACUGAUCAGAUUCGGUCUAUCAACGCACAAUGUAACGCUGUAUAUCCAAAAAUCUGUUUCAGAAAAUGCUCACAUUUCAGUUUUAGGGGUGGAAAAAUACAAGAAGCCCCAGACCCCCCUACUAGUACAUACGAUACCACACCAAACUUUUUGUCACCAACAACCAUCUGUCAUCUCUCCAUACUCAAUAUAGUAUGGUCCCUUUUUGUAGAUGCCCACCCCCCAGACAAGUUCUUGAAAAAACCCCGUGUUCAAAUAAUUUCGCUGUAUGAAGACGGGUCAUGGGUUAGGGUUAUGGUAGAACAAAUGUUGCAUUGCAAAGUAGUAACACAUAAUAUAUAUUUUUUAAUCAUAUAUGGUUGAAUCAUAUUCACCAGGGUAAAACAUCAUGACCUAGAUUAAACAGAUUGUCCUAAUAUCUAACUUUACCUGCAACGCACACCAACAUCAUUGCUGUUAAUUUUUCAAUCCACACUGGGGGGGGGGUCAGAAAAGUUUCUACUUUUAUGAGGGGGGAGGCACAAAAAGUUUGUCUGGAGGGGGGGGGUCAAAAAAGUUUUCAAUCCUUAUUUUCCCCAUCCCCCCCAUAAAUAAGGACCACUCCCUUAUUGCAAAAUAAGUCUAAAGUGAUUUUGUAUAGAGCAUACUCAUCAGCGACUGAUGCUUCAGUAUUUUGGCUGGAUUUGGCCGCCGUAGACGCCAUAUAGCCAUAUAGGCAUAGAUGUCUGUAUAUCUUUAUAAGUGCCUUAAUAAUUUAACAUCGCAUAGCUUGGUUUGUUUGAAAAAAUGCCGAUAUUCAUCAUACAAUACUAGCAAAAACUGGGGCAUGCAAGCAAAGGCUUGAGUAUCAGGCCAUUGACCUUGGUAAUUAAGCGUAAUUUUGUAUAGCUGAACUAUAGAAUUAAGAAAUACAUAUUAGGACUUUGUAAUCUAUAUAUUUAUAUUAUUCCUGACCUUAUAAUUUCUGAAAUAUGUAAACUUUUCCAUGACCUCUCUGAAAAUCACUGUUGUGAGAAAGUGCUUCUGAAGCAGACUAACUAUUUGCAAUAAAGAUUAUAAUCUUCAAAUCCAAAUGGAAUCAUGCAUUAAGAUAAUAACAUUAAUCCUGUUUUUUUCAUAAAACUUAAGCUACACAUUACUCAUUCGACAGUUGCAAACGAAUCACAGGCCAGUUGAAAUACAACAUCUUCGCUAUUUUUUCAGAAGGUUUUUCUGACUUAGCGUCCAUGCAGAAAAGAGGCUUUUAAUUAAAAAUGUUUAAAUCUCAGCCACGAUAUCUUCUAAGAAUCCACUCCGAUUUUAGAUUGAGAUUAUUAACAUGCCUAGUGAGUUCGUAGGUGUUGGCAGUAAGUCGACAAAAGGUAUUCAUAUUUGAAAUUUUGUCAACAUCCAAGUGAAUCAAAAGCACGCGCAUUGUCGAUAAUAAAUUCUCUCUGACAGCAGAAUUUUUGCUAAAUGCAAAUUGAAUCUGUCCUCAUAGUGAUAUUGUACAUAUAACUAUUGAAUUAGUUUGUACUCACACAAAAAAAGGUUGAGAAAAAUGGCCUCAAGAACUAGGCACUUAAAAAUCUACUUUUUCUUCCAUUUUGGCCAAAACACGCUCGCCCCAGUCGACUUCCGCAUCACCGCCCUAUAUUGAAGUGCCCUCGUUUGAUCAACUGCCAUUUCCAAGACUAGAUUAGUGCUUGUUUGUGUAAGUUUCUGUCCUAUUUAUUUGCAGAUCUUCCUGGAAUUGCAAGUGGUGCUACCAUUGCUUUUUUGGAUCCACAUGAAGAAUAUUUCAGAAAUGAAAAAGGUAGGGGAAGUUCUGUAACCUCGUAUUAUUUCGACGAAGAACUGUUGCAAGAGAAGACCAGAGAUCAAUUCAUGCCAUUCCACGAUACAUUUGGUUGUAAUUUAGACGACUCCGAAAAUUAUGAAGGCACACUUUUUCGCUUUCCAUUGCGCACGACAGCGUCAGAAUUAUCGGAUGAGCGAUACACUAAAGAAAAGGUGUUGAAGUUGUUUGAUUCGUUACAAAAAGAAGCAUCCGUUGUUCUUCUUUUCCUAAAAAACAUCUGCAGCAUUAGUUUACAUAAACGUUCUGAGAAUGGCGAAAUUGAAUGUAUCUUCAAGGUUGAAAUUGCAGAAGACUCGCGCGAGGAAGUUGUAAAAAUACGACAAGUAUUUUUGAACAAAGCAGCAGGAACGUCCGAUCAUGAGAUAUCCGAAUCUACAUAUAUUAUGAAUAUUAAAGUGUCGAAAGAUUCAACUACCGAAGAAUUCCGAUGGCUAGUUGUCAACCAAAUUGGUUCUAACGUGGAACGCAUUUCAGAAUUAGCCACAAAAGAGAAUCUUCCUCCUUGGAUUGGUAUGGCAUUACCAUUGGACAAUGACAGAAGCAGCAAGAACGACGGAAGGAUAUUCUGCUUUCUUCCUUUACCUCCUGAUGUCGACUGCGAGACUGGCCUUCCUGUUCAUGUUCACGGCGCCUUUGCCUUGACUGACAACAGGCGUGGUCUUGUUUGGCCUGGAGCAGAUAACCAGAGCUCGACAGCUGAAUGGAACAAAUUGUUACUUUCAAACGUUGCUGUUGAAGUUUAUUUGAAAGUUCUUCAUGUUCUUUUGCAAAAUUCACCAUCCAUUGGAAUCGAUGAAAGUUCCAGAAGUCAAUUGGUGUACUCGACAUUGCCAUGUAAAGCUAAUGUGAAAGGGCAUUGGCAGGUGAUUUUGGAUCCUCUGCUGCAAAAAUUAUCAAAAGAAGAGUGGAAACUCUUUCUUGCACAGCCCACAUCCGGUAAUUCUUGGGUCAGGUUGCAAGAUGGUAUUGUUGAUCGUCUGCCGGUUGAUAACAACGCGCGUGAAACAGUGUUAAGAGCGUUGCAGGGCUGUUCGCAAACUGUCAUCACCAACAUUCCAACUCAUGUUCUGAGUAUCGUGGACGACUACUUCCCUUCUUCACGUGAUAUCACCUCUGUCUUACUGCGAUCAGUUUUAAAAACGCAGCACGACCUCAAAGCUUCGCACGAGGAUAAAAUAAAAUUGCUGGAAUUUAUUUUGGAGGAUGAUCCCACUGAUGAUUUGGAAGGAGUUCCCCUGCUUCCUUUAGCAGAUCAGCAUUUUUCCACAUUCAUAUCAAAUACCUAUGGUGAGAAUCCCUCUUCGUCUGUGUUUGUAGCCACUGCAAAUUGUCCAAGGUCUGUGCUACCAAAUUUCGAUAAUCGAUUUGUGAGUGAAGAUAUUCCGACGACGGUGAGAGACAAGCUUCAAACACUUGCAAGUAAAGACCCACAACGCAGAAGUACCACACAGCUGGUUUUGAUGAACAAAGAGAUUGCACUCCAAAACCUUCGUUCAUGUUUGCCCGUGGAAUGGUUUGAUAAUAUCAAUGAAGUCGUCCAGUGGAUGCCUGAGAAAGCUGGUCAUCCUUCAGAAUCUUGGUUAGAAGUGAUUUGGGCGUGGAUUAAUGCCAAUUUUCCAGAUUCACUCGAGUCGUUCAUUGGUCUGCCACUUAUUCAACUGCCUACACAACAACUUGGUGUCUUAUCAAAACAGUCCAAGUUUAUUUUUGCUUGUGAUGUCUCAGGGAACUGUCUUCCAGAUGUAGUUGCGAACCUGCUUGAAGCAUCUGGAUGUACUGUUGUACCAAAACAAUCUUCUAACUUGAGACAUUCGGACAUCAACACAUACAUUGCUUCCGCUACUCCAACGGGUGUCAUGACUGUUCUCACCCGGACCUCGUUAGAAAAAGCACAAGCACAUGUCAAGUUAUUUACUUCAGAUGAACGACAUAAGCUACGAGAUUUUCUGUCCCGCCUUCCAACCAAUUUAGAUUGUACUCAACGUAAUCUAUUGCUCCGUUUACCAUUAUUUAAUACACUAGACGGCUCCAGCGCGGCUAUCCAAACAGGAAGCGAAACUGUAUUCGUGGCCGAGCCCAACUUUACUUUUCCAGAUGAUUUCAAGUUCCGUAGGUGUAACCAGAUAAUUUCAUCUGCUGAUACAAGCACCCAGCAGUUGUUGCAUCUUCUAGACGUCAAGACUCUUAAUUCGGCAGACGUUCUUGUUAAAUUCUUGUUUCCAGACAUCCGAGCACUGAAUGUUUAUGGCCUUGACGAGACAGCAAAGGUAAUGCUUUGGAUAAUAGCAAGAGUGUUUGACUUCAAGUCACAGAGUGAUAAAUUCAUUGAAGAAAUGAAGAAUUUACCAUUUGUUCCUACAGAUAAAGGUGAAAUUGUAAAACCAAGUGACCUUUACGAUCCUGGUGACGCUACAAUCUUAAAUUUAUUCCACAGCGAGCCAAACAAAUUUCCGAGACAUGACUACUGCGAACCUCAUGUUGUAUCAAUUUUGAAAGAUCAGAUGGGUUUACGGACCAUAGACAAAAUAACUGCAAAUGACUUGUUUCAAGUCGCUGCAUGUAUUAGCACGUCUUCACAGUUGUCAUCCAGUCACAAACUCCAAGCUUUAGUGAAGAUCCUCAACGAUACCCCAGAAUAUCUUAACCAAAAUCUUAACUCGGGUGUUACACUGAAGUCUGAAUUACUCGGGGUGAAGUGGUUACCUCGUGCCACAACUUCUCAAACGGUUUGCCCACGCUUUCCACAAUCCAUGACAUGGUAUACUUGUAAUACUCAAUACUUUACACCUUUAGAACUUUGUAAUAAAUCGCACGCUUUGGUCGUUGGUUCAUCAAUGCCAAUCCUUGGCAUGGACCUCCAUGAAAAAGUUCUUGAAAAAUUGGGUUUGACAGCCGAUCCUCCUGUGAAGCAAGUUGCUGCUCAGCUUAAAAUAGCAAUCCAAAUAUGGUCUGCUUUGAACGAAAGAAAAGUUUGCGCUUUGUUCAAGGAAAUGAUUGUCGCCAUCUACAAUCAAUUCACACGCUGUGCGAAGGAAGUUGUUUUCGAACAAUUGAACAACGCUUCCAUGGAACACUGGAUUUGGCAUGGAGCAGGAUUUUGCUCACCUUCUCAAAUAGCUUUUAAGAUGGAUGUUCCAUUAGACUUACGCCCGCAAUUGUAUAUUUUACCCGAAGAACUCAAAGAUGAUAUGAAGUUAGAACAAUUGUUUCUUGAAAGUGGCGUGCGUGCAAUCUUCUCCGAAGAAGACAUCAUUUCAGUUCUUCCUGCUUUGAAGCAAAAACAUGAAGCACCUAAUGUGCCUACAGGUGAUGCUGAAAAAGAUUUAAAGUUAUGUCGCUCCAUUUUAGAAUGGCUUGUUGGAAAAAAUUUGUCAGAAAGCAUGAAAGAAAACUUGCUAUUUCCCGUAGAAAGUGAAGAAAAUAUUUUGAUUUUGCAUCCUUAUAAGGAGUGUGCUUAUUCUGAUGUCGAUUGGCUGCGCCGUGGCGAGUCAACGCUAGACAUCCCUGACGAGUAUCCAUUAAUCCACGAUUCAGUACCAACAAAGAUAGCUAUAUCUCUCGGCGUCCCGAAGUUGAGUUCUUGCUUGUUGUCGGCAGAGACCUUGGAUUUUGACUUGGGUAUUGAAAAAUCUGGUCCUAGUGAGCCCAUUACCACACGAAUUCAUAACAUUCUCGAGGAUUACAAGGAAGGAGUUGGAGUCUUCAGGGAGUUGAUUCAAAAUGCUGACGAUGCUGGAGCCAGUAAAGUUCGUUUCCUAGUGGAUUGGAGAGAUGGUCCAAAGGAUAGACUCUUGGCAGAUGGCAUGUCUGAAUGUCAAGGCCCUGCAUUAUGGGCUUACAACGAUGGCUUGUUUAGUGACAAGGACUUUGAAAACAUCAACAAACUUGCUGGAGCAACAAAGAAGGAAGAUAUUUCAACCAUUGGAAGAUUUGGUCUUGGUUUCAAUGCCGUGUAUCAUCUGACAGACGUACCCAGCUUUGUAAGUAGAGAGUACAUUGUUAUGUUUGAUCCAAACUGCCAUCAUUUACAAAAACACAUCACUGAUGCUUCGCAACCUGGUAUACGUAUCAACCUAGCAAAGUUCCCGAGACCUCUGAAAGUAUUUGAAAACCAGUUCCAACCAUAUCAUGGCAUAUUUGAUUGCAACAUGAAGUACAGCGCAGAAGGAUCGUUUCAUUAUCAAGGAACAUUAUUCCGGUUUCCAUUUCGGACAUUGGUGCAAGCUGGGAAAAGUGAAAUUUGUCAGAAAGUGUACGAUGAAGAGAAAGUGAAAGGCAUCGUCGAGUCCCUUAGAGAAAGCGCUUCGUUGCUAUUGGUUUACACUGAACACGUGACUGAGGUGGAGCUAUUUGAGUUAAAGAGCAACCAGAAGCCGGAACAGAUGCAACCGAUUUUGUCCGUGAAGAAGACUGGUGAUAGUCUUGGCAAUGGCACACCAUUCAUCAAGACUUGUUCAAAAUGGUGGAGUGACAAGAUGCAAGAUGAAGUUUCCUCAAGCGAAUGUCCUUCUAAAUCGCAGUAUAUUACAAUCGACAUAGUCGAGUCAGCAACAUCUUCAUCUGGUGAGAUUGAGCAUUCACUCCGCCAAGAACCUUGGCUAACUAACUCGUGCAUGGGAACAGGCUCGUCUUCCGCUCUGGCGCUUACAUCCGACGGUCGGGAGAAAGGUCUGAUGCCGUUUGCUGAAACUGCAGCAAAAUUAAAUUCUUAUGUCCAAACUGCAACAAAAAUUCCUCUAGCUGUUCCAGGCGAGGCAUUUUGUUUUCUACCACUCUCCAUCCAAACUGGUCUCCCUGUGCACAUCAACGGUUACUUUGCUAUCACGUCGAAUCGUCGUGCGCUCUGGGAACCCGGUACAACAGAACAUGAUAAACCGUUUGAGGGUGAUUGGAAUGUAAGCUUACUGAGUGAUGCCAUCGCAUGUUCGUAUAUUCAACUUUUGCAAGAAAUCAAGUGUAAACUUCCUGAGGAUGCCACCAAAAGCCUUCAAGCAAUGUUACCAUGUUACGAUUCCUUACACUCAACUAUCUGGGAACCAUUGGUAAAGAGUGUUUAUGACAAAAUAGUAAAUGAGUCUUUGGCGAUAUUUUGGUGCAACGGAAAAUGGCUGGAUAUCAACAGUGGCUUUAUUCUUGAUGAUGACCUGCGCGAUGCUCCAGGGGUGAUCUUAACUAUGAAUUUGUUGAAUAAAAAUGCCCUGGAUUUGACUGAAAAAGUUUGUAAAUCGUUUAAGAAAGCUGGCCAUGAAAAUACCAUAAAAAGUCGUACAUUAACACUGGAGCGAUUUUUCCAAGAGUUAUUUUUCCCAAACAUUUCCAGAAUUACACACGAGUUACGAGAACCGCUAGUCAGCUAUGGUUUGGACUGCAUACUGAAAAGUCAUGUGGAAUUAGAGAAGUUGUUUAGAGAUAACGAAUCCAUUUUAAAUGAUGACGGCCAACUGAAGAAACCAGCAGAACUUUUUGAUCCGAAUGAUUCUCAAUUACAGGUGUUGUUUUUUCAAGAGCCCGGAAAAUUUCCUAACCAAGAUUUUGUUGCCAAUAACGAUUCGCUUCUAUCUGUGUUAAAGAAGUUAGGUCUGCGUGACAAAGCUAUGAUAUCGCCCGACGAAUUGUUGAAUGUUGCGAAGACCAUUUCACUGUCCGAGUAUUCAGAUCCGUUGAUUAGAAAGAGCCAAGCGUUGGUAAGCAUUCUUCAAUCUAAACCAGAAUGUGUUUCACAGGAUAUGAACGGAUGUAGUACACUUAAACAAGAAUUGAGAGGGAUUAAGUGGCUACCGCGCACACAAUCCCCACCAGAGAGCUGCCGAUAUCCCGAGAAAAUGCCUUGGUUUGAUGCCCAAGAUGCGUUCUUUUCACCUGUUGAACUUCGCGGUAAAUCCCAGGCUCUUUUGAUUGGAUCCUGUAUGCCUGUUGUAGACAUAAUUCCAGAAAGUUUCCUUGUCGAGUUGGGCAUAGUCGUCGAUCUACCAAUUGAAAAUGUUGUUGAACAACUUUCCAAAGCCGUCCUAUUGUGGUGCACUGAUCCUCAGAUGAAAUCUACGUCGCAGUUUCAAGACUUGAUUUUGGCUAUUUACCAAUAUCUAGCUGAAACUCCUCAAGAUACACUUUCGAAAGCGCUGAAACAAGCUGAACUCCCACACUGGGUCUGGCAUGGAACUGGAUUUUGCUCACCUUCUCAAAUAUCCUUCAAGAUGGAUGUUCCGUUAGAUUUACGCCCGCAAUUGUUCAUUUUACCCGAAGAACUCAAAGAGGAUGCGAAGCUGGAACAAUUCUUUCUUCAAAGUGGCGUACAUGCAAGGUUCUCCGAAGAAGACAUCAUUUCAGUUCUUCCUGCUUUGAAGCAAAAACACGAAACAUCUGAUCUGCAUGCAGGUGAUGUCGAAAAAGAUUUAAAUAUAUGUCGCUCCAUUUUAGAACGGCUUGUUGGAAAAAAUUUGUCGGAAAGCAUAAAAAAGAACUUGCUAUUUCCCGUAGAAAGUGAAGACAAUAUUUUGGUUUUGCAACAUUAUAAGGAGUGUGCUUAUUGUGAUGCUGAUUGGCUACGCCGUGGAGAGUCAAAGCUAGAUAUCUCUGACGAGUAUCUAUUAAUCCAUGAUUCAGUACCAACAAAGAUCGCUAUCUCACUCGGCGUCCCGAAGUUAAGUUCUUGCUUGUUGUCAGCGGAAACCUUGGAUUUUGACUUGGGUAUUGAAAAAUCUGGUCCUAAUGAGCCAAUUACCACACGAAUUCAUAACAUUCUCGAGGAUUACAAGGAAGGAGUUGGAGUCUUCAGGGAGUUGAUUCAAAAUGCUGACGAUGCUGGAGCCAGUAAAGUUCGUUUCCUAGUGGAUUGGAGAGUUGGUCCGAAAGAUAGACUCUUGGCAGAUGGCAUGUCUGAAUGUCAAGGCCCUGCAUUAUGGGCUUACAACGAUGGGUUGUUUAGUGACGAGGACUUCGAAAACAUCAACAAACUUGCUGGAGCAACAAAAAAGCAAGAUAUUUCAACCAUUGGAAGAUUUGGUCUUGGUUUCAAUGCCGUGUAUCAUCUGACAGACGUACCCAGCUUUGUAAGUAGAGAGUACAUUGUUAUGUUUGAUCCAAACUGCCAUCAUUUACAAAAACACAUCACGAAUGCUUCGCAACCUGGUAUACGUAUCAACCUAGCAAAGUUCCCGAGACCUCUGAAAGUAUUCGAAAACCAGUUCCAACCAUAUCAUGGCAUAUUUGGUUGCAAUAUGAAGUACAACGCAGAGGGAUCGUUCGAUUAUCAAGGAACAUUAUUUCGGUUUCCAUUUCGGACAUUGGUGCAAGCUGGGAAGAGUGACAUAUGUCAGAAAGUGUACGACGAAGAAAAAGUGAAAGGCAUCGUCGAGUCCCUUAGAGAAAGCGCUUCGUUACUAUUGGUUUACACUGAACACGUGACUGAGGUGGAGCUAUUUGAGUUAAAGAGCAACCAGAAGCCGGAACAGAUGCAACCGAUUUUGUCCGUGAAGAAGACUGGUGAUAGUCUUGGCAAUGGCACACCAUUCAUCAAGACUUGUUCCAAGUGGUGGGGUGACAAGAUGCAAGAUGAAGUUUCCUUACGCGAAUGUCCUUCUAAAUCGCAGUAUAUUACAAUCGACAUAGUCGAGUCAACAACAUCUUCAUCUGGUGAGAUUGAGCAUUCACUCCGCCAAGAACCUUGGCUAACUAACUCAUGCAUGGGAACAGGCUCGUCUUCCGCUCUGGCGCUUACAUCCGAAGGUCGGGAGAAAGGUCUGAUGCCGUUUGCUGAAACUGCAGCAAAAUUAAAUUAUUAUGUACAAACUGCAACAAAAAUUCCUUUAGCUGUUUCAGGCGAGGCAUUUUGUUUUCUCCCACUCUCCAUCCAAACUGGUCUCCCUGUGCACAUCAACGGUUACUUUGCUAUCACGUCGAAUCGUCGUGCGCUCUGGGAACCCGGUACAACAGAACAUGAUAAACCGUUCGAGGGUGAAUGGAAUGCAAGCUUACUGAGUGAUGCCGUCGCAUGUUCAUAUAUUAAACUUUUGCAAGAAAUCAAGUGUAAACUUCUUGAUGAUGCCACGGAAAACCUUCAAACAAUGUUGCCAUGUUACGAUUUCCUACACUCAACUAUCUGGGAACCAUUAGUAAAGAGUAUAUAUGAUAAAAUAGUAAACGAGUCAUUGGCGAUAUUUUGGUGCAAUGGGAAAUGGCUGGAUAUCAACAGUGGCUUUAUUCUUGAUGAUGACCUGCGCGAUGCUCCAGGGGUGAUCUUAGCUAUGAAUUUGUUGAAUAAAAAUGCCCUGGAUUUGACUGAAAAAAUUUGUAAAUCGUUUAAGAAAGCGGGCCAUGAAGAUACCAUAAAAAGUCGUACAUUAACACUGGAGCGAUUUUUCCAAGAGUUAUUUUUCCCAAACAUUUCCAGAAUUACACACGAGUUACGAGAACCACUGGUCCGCUAUGGGUUGGAUUGCAUACUGAAAGGUCACGAGGAAUUAGAGGUGUUGUUCAGAGAUAACGAAUCUAUUUUGAAUAAUAACGGCCAACUGAGGAAACCAGCAGAACUUUUCGAUCCAAAUGAUUGUCAAUUACAGGAAUUGUUUUUCCAAGAACCUGGAAAAUUUCCUAACCAAGAUUUUGUUGCUAAUAACGAUUCGCUUCUAACUGUACUAAAGAAGUUAGGUCUGCGUAGCAAAGCUAUGAUAGUGCCCGAAGAAUUGUUGAAUGUUGCAAAGACGAUUUCAUUGUCCGAGUAUUCAGAUCCGUUGAUUAAAAAGAGCCAAGCGUUGGUGAGCAUCCUUCAACAUAAAACAGAAUGUCUUUCACAAGUUGUGAACGGAUCUAGUACACUUAAACAAGAAUUGCGAGUAGUUAAGUGGCUUCCACGCGCACGAUCGCCACCAGAAAGCUGUCGAUAUCCCGAGAAAAUGCCUUGGCUUGAUGUUGAAAACGCAUUCUUUUCACCUGAUGAACUUCGUGGUAAAUCUCAAGCUCUUUUGAUUGGCUCUUGUAUGCCUGUAAUAGACAUAAUUCGAGACAAUUUCCUCGUCGAGUUGGGCAUAGUCGUCGAGCUGCCAAUUGAAAAUGUUGUUGAACAACUUUCCAAAGCCGUCCAGUUAUGGCGCACUGAUCCUCAUGAGAUGAAAUCUACUUCGCAGUUUCAAGACUUGAUACUUGCUAUUUACACACAUCUAGCUGAAAUUCCUCAAGAUAUACUUUCCGGAGCUCUAAUACAAGCUGAACUCGCACACUGGGUCUGGCAUGAAACGGGCUUCGCAUGUCCCACUCAAGUUGCAAUGGAGAAUUUUCUUAUUGAUCUUCAUCCUCACUUGUUCUAUUUGCCAAAAUAUCUACACCCAAAUGAAGCACUCGAAGAAUUCUUCGUCAGAAACGGAGUACGGAGAGAGUUUUCCAAGAAAGAUAUCAUCUCAGUUUUGUCAUCUGUAAAGAAAAAACACGAGAGUGAUUCACCUAAUGCGACUGAAAAUAUCAAGCAUGACGUCGAAUUGUGCCGUUUUAUUGUUGAAUGGCUCGUUGGUGAUGGCGAAGAGUUGUCCGUCGACUUGCAAGAAGAAGUUAUGGUUCCCAUUCAGACAAGUGAGAAAUCUUUAAUCCUCAAGCCGUGUAAGGAUUGUACAUUCUGUGAUCAUGAUUGGAUGCGUCAAGGUCGAUCGGAACUUGAUAUUCCCGAAGAAUUCUUCCUUAUUGACGAGUCAAUAUCUGCAAAAACCGCAAGAUCGUUAGGAGUGAAACCAUUGAGCACUUGUCUAAUAUCUGGCGAGGAACUUGAUUUUGAACUAACUGGGCAAAACGAGCCGUUGACGACGAGAUUAAGUAAUAUCCUUUCUGUUUACAAAGAGGGUGUCGGCGUAUUCAAGGAAUUGAUCCAAAAUGCGGAUGAUGCUGGUGCAACAAAAGUGUGCUUUCUGAUUGACUGGAGAGAAGGACCAAAGAAAAGCCUUUUUUCUCCUUCAAUGUCCGAAUGCCAAGGUCCUGCGCUCUGGGCGUACAACGAUGCUGUUUUUAGCGAUAGCGACUUCAAAAAUAUCAAUAAGCUUGCAGGAGCAACAAAAAAAGAAGAUCUGGAAAAGAUUGGACGCUUCGGACUUGGUUUCAAUGCCGUUUAUCAUCUUACAGACGUACCAAGCUUUCUAAGCAGACAAUAUCUUGUCGUGUUUGAUCCAAAUAUCCAGCAUUUGAUUGGAAAAAUAACCGAGACGCAUCCUGGGCUUCGUAUUGACCUUGCGAAGAAUGCCAGACCACUGAAAACAUUUUUCGACCAGUUUCAACCUUAUCAUGACGUUUUCCAUUGCAACACCCACCAGAAGGAUGGGGAAAGAUUUAACUUCAACGGGACAUUAUUUCGUUUCCCUUUUCGUACCAAGUUACAAGCAAUCAGAAGUGAAAUAAGUCAAGAAGUCUAUGGCGCAGAGAAAGUAGGAGCUCUAGUUAAUAGUCUGAGAGAAGGCCUGUCACUUAUUUUGUUAUACACACAGCGUGUGAACGAAGUUGAAGUGUACGAGCUUGGCAAGGAUGAAGAUCCUCAGGCGAUGCGAUUGAUUUUAUCGACCAAGAAAAGUACGGAGUCUGUAAAUCUGGAGCUGAAUGCACACCUUGCUGAAGAUCGAUCCGAAAACACUCCUGACGCCCCCAAUUUGUCUUUCAUAAAGGAAUGUUCUCAGUGGUGGAAAGCAAACUGCUCAAAGACUGCUGUGUCGUCUAGUCCUUCCCGGUCUGAAAUCAUAUCAAUCGAAGUAACGGAACAAAAUGCUGAACAAAGGAAAGAACAAUGGCUGGUAAGUUCUUGUAUGGGAACUGAUUUAUCUUUGCAACUGGCCAUGAAUGAAGGCCAGAAGGAUGGUUUACUUCCUUGUGGUGGAACAGCAGCUAAACUAUCUUCGGAUACCACACCGAUUCCAGAGGCAAUCUUUGGGGAAGCGUUCUGUUUCCUUCCUCUUUCUAUUGCAACCGGACUCCCAGUACACAUCAACAGUUCUUUUGCUAUCAUGAAUAAUCGUCGCAGUAUCUGGGGGCGAAGUAGUUCAACUCAACAGCAAGAUUUGGAAGUGCGCUGGAAUGAAUGUCUUAUGAGUGAUGUUUUAUGCAACGCUUAUAUGCAGCUUUUGGAAACUAUGAAAUCUUUGUGUGAAAAUGGCGCAUUACAGAACUACCCAUUUCAUGUAUUGUGGCCAUGUUACAACAAGUUAGAGUCUAGCACUUGGAAAACUCUUGUAAAUAACGUUUAUAUGAAGUUAGUGGGAAACUCGCUGCCACUUCUACGAAGCAACGGUACGUGGUUAGACAUCAAUAGCGGAUAUAUUCUAGCUGAUGACCUGCGUCAAGCACCAAAAGUCACUGAAGCGAUGCAAUGUUUGAAUGAAAAUGUGUUUGAAAUGCCAGAAGAUGUGUGUACCACGUUGAAAGAAUGCGGACAAGGGGAAACGUUGCAAGAACGCACACUGACCCUGGAAAGAUUCUUUACCGAAUUUUUCUUCCCAAAUAUGCUUGCAUUAUCCCACGAGGUACGAAAUCCGUUGGUGCAGUUCGGUCUAGAUCGUAUAAUGGCCGAGCAGAAAGAAUUAGAGUCGCUGUUCACGGAAACUCCCUGUAUCCCAUGUUCAGAAGAUAGGAAAACUUUGGUGAAACCAUCUGACCUGAUUAACCCCAACGGAGCUGCUGCCAAGUUGUUUUUGCCUGAAGACAACCGUUUUCCUGUCGGGGAAGAAUUCCUUACAGAAAAACGAAUUUUUGUUUUGAAAAAACUGGGCAUGAAAACAGAUGUAUUAUCAUGGGAAGUGAUUUACGAGCGAGCCAGGUCUGUGGAAGUUCUUGCGGAAAUGUGCUACGGCAAAGCUCUGCUACGUUCUCGUAAGAUUAUGGAGUAUCUCAACAAGUUCGUCAACAAACUAGUACCUAGUUUGCGAAAAGACGAAAGAACCAUUCAAGACAUCCGAUUUUUGCCCUUCAUCAAGGAACCUCCGAAAGAUUAUAAGAAUGGCUUACCUUGGAAAGGUCAGGAAAGAAAGAAGGAAAUGUUUUGUUCUCCUAAAGAACUUUUUGUACCACACCAUAUGGAUCUUGUCGGCUCGUGCUGUCUUAUUUUAAGUACGCACGACAGCUUGGGUUGUGGGAAGCCUGAGAAGGAUGUGAAAGAUGUUCUUGGAAUGUCUCAUCAACAUGCAAGCUAUCAGCAAGUUUUCGAACAGUUAGACAAUAUUAUCCAAGUUUGGUCAACGUUUAAUAAAGACGACCGAGAGAAGAAUAAAGCGAAAGUGCUAAAAAUCUGUCAUUGUAUUUACGAGUAUCUGGAUAAGUAUUUUGCCAAAGUGGUAAAUAAAAAAGAUGAAGAACCGAAUAACGGUGAAGAAGAGCUCCUGAAUGAAUUGGUCAACCGAAAGUGGCUUUUUAUCAACGACACGUUUGUUUCUAGUGACAAAGUUGCUACUUAUUGGUUUAAAAAUAGCGCCCCAUACUUGUACGGUGUACCAGGAGCAUUCAGGACCGAAUACAAAAGCCUACUGCAGAUGACCAAAGUCAAAGAGUGUUUUGAUGCGAAAGAUUUUCUUGAUGCAAUUAACUCGCUUAAGGAAUCAAAAGGAUGUACUGCAUUGACAGAUGGAGAGUUGGAAGUUGCUGUGUCGUUUUUAAACGAAUUGAAGAAAGCUGAUGUAAAGUUUUUUGAAGGGAAUUCUGACCAGUUUUACCUUCCAGACGAAUCGAAGGUUCUCGCCAAAGCUGAUGAGCUAACAAUCAACAGCACACCGUGGCUUCCGGAUCGUGGUGACUCACGUAAUGUACACAAAGAUAUUACAUCAGAUCUAGCGUUUAAACUAGGAGCGAAAUCUCUUCUUGACAAACGUCUUGGAAAAUACUCCAAAACUCUAGGCACUCCAUUUGGGCAAAGCGAAAAGCUAACAGUUAGACUGAAAAACAUUCUUAAGUCAUACCCUUGCGAUUCUGGAAUACUUAAAGAAUUGGUUCAAAACGCAGAUGACGCUCAGGCUACCGAAAUUCAUUUCAUUUACGACACACGCACUCUACCAUGCAAGAACGUUUUUCAAAAGAAUGCUAAAGAACUCCAAGGACCAGCUCUUUGUGUUUACAACAACCGGGCAUUUAGCGAAAGCGAUUUGGAAGGGAUUCAAAAAUUGGGAAUCGGAAACAAGGGCGACAAUGCAGAGAAAACUGGGCAAUUUGGUAUUGGGUUCAACGCCGUGUAUCAUCUGACAGACUGCCCGAGUUUUAUAUCUAACGGCGAGACUCUUUGCGUUCUUGACCCACACUGCCGCUACGCUCCUACUGCAACGUCCGAAUACCCUGGGGAAAGGUUCGGUCCAAUAGAUCAAGCAUUCAAAGAUGAUUUCGUGGACGCGAUGGAAGGUUAUCUUGAGGGAUUUGGGUUUAAUCACGAAGGCUCCACCAUGUUUCGAUUACCGCUCAGAACUGUGGAAAGGUCGCGAGAUUCUGAGAUUUCCGAUAAAGUGAGCGUGCAUAAAAUUGUUUCCCUCUUAGAUGAUUUUGAAAGAGAAGCCAAAAGAUCCAUGCUGUUUCUUAAUCACAUCAAGAAAGUAUCCCUUUCCGAAAUUAAUGGGAAUGGUACACUGGUGAAAAAGUGUGAAGUAACGUCAAAUGUGGACGAAGAAGAUAUGAAGAAACUGGAAGCACUACACUUGCACAAGAAAAAAUUCAAGGACGCACCCACGAAAGAUAUCCCUUGGCAUGGAGUUACGUGUCCCCUCGUUCUUGGUGACACACACGGUUGCAUCGAACAUUGGCUUGUUCACCAAUGCUAUGGAGUGAAGACUGAUGAUGAUGAAAGUGAUGAAAUUCCAAAUGGGAGAGAUUACAAAUUAUUGCCACAUGGGGGGUUAGCUGCUCUUGUUGAAUCAAACCAACGCCCAGCUGUAUCCAGUGAGGCACCGCGUUAUUUUGCAUAUUGCUUCUUGCCUUUGCCAGUUCGAACAUCCUUGCCUGUUCAUGUGAAUGGUCAUUUUGCUCUCGACCCUGGAAGACGAGACUUAUGGAAGGAUGUUGACUCAAAAGAUCCACUCGCACUGUGGAACGUAAUGAUUAAGAAGAACGUCCUAGCACCGGGUUAUGCAAGCCUAAUCCUCGAAGCUCGAAAGUACAUGCGGUUUUGUGAACGCGACGGUGAGGACAAGACGUCUUGUUUCUUCCCUGGUGAAGCAUCCGCUGACGCAGGUCUAUCGUGGUACCACAACCUCUUUCCCGACGUUCUGGAUAAAUCUUGGUCUCCUCUUACCCUAGCACUUUAUGCUUUCCUGGCGAAUAACAAGAAACCAGUGUUGCCUGUUGUCGUCGCGGAUGAACCAACAGCAAAUGUGCAGUCUCAUAAUAUGCCUCGGAGAAUACAGAGAUGGCUUCCUGUACAAGACGUUUUCUUUGUGAAUGAGUACAAGUAUCCAAAGAAUCCUGAAGUUAGUGAUGAUCUCAUGAAAAUAUUUCUAGGAAUUCAACUUCCAGUUGCAGGACAUUUUCCCACUUCGCUGCAGCAAGGAUUUGAAAAGGCAGGCAGUACUCCACGUAUAGUAUCCCCUGAAAGUGUGGUGUUGGCUCUUUGUUGUUUCUCCUCCAAAAAUGCUGAGUGUAAUAUCGGUACGCUUCCGUGUAACAUAGAAGAUACAAUGAUCACCAGCGUGAGCAAAUUGAGAAAGCUUAUCACUUAUUGUAAAAGAGGGGAAAACUUUCGCGAAAGUUUGACUGGCUUACCACUACUCCUAACAGCUGAUGGCGUUUUAAGAGUAUUUUCUGAAGAAGAGAAAGUGUAUUGCUCCAAAUUCAGUGAUCUCUUUCCUAAACGAGCUCAUAAAUUUGUUCAUCGUGAAAUAGUUCCUUUUCUAUCAAGCGUCUUGAGAACUGAUAAACCUGCAAGUACUUCUGAAGAGACAUCGGACGAUUCUACAAGUGAUACAACGGUUACCCCCAGUAUCCCUACAGUGUUACUUCCCUUGACCACUGAAGUGGUGAACACGUUCAUGUUAGAUGUUUUUCCAGAAGAUACGAAAAAUGCAAAGAUUCACCUUGAUUUUGGUGUAACAGGAGUAUCUGAGAAGUGGCUGAAGCGACUUUGGGUAUACUUGCAAACUUACUCCAAAGAAGUGGAUGAUAGCAACCCUCCUUUAGAAGCUCUUAAAGCUUGGCCAAUUAUACCAACUACAUCGAAGAAGCUUGUCACGGUCGAGAUGGCUAAAACUGUCAUUGAUAUGACGCUUGUUGGAAAUGAAAGUAAUGCAGCGAAAAACGUUCGCAAAAGUUUGCAGAAGUUAAACUGUCCUUUCCUUGACACUAAUAUUACCUUGCCUGAAAAAGAAUCUGGUGGCCCAACUUUUGUUGGAACGUUUGUUUCAUCUGUGUCUUCUAUGUUCAGUAAACCCGCUCCCAAAAAAGAGCCGCUCAUAGCGGUGACAGAAUCGUGUGUGUCUCAUCCUCACAAUGUUUUCGAUAUCUUGAAUGUUUUCGAUUUUAUGCUAAAAACAGAGAGUUUGGAUGCCAGCGACUUAUCGGAUUACGAUAUUACAGGAAUUCUUCAAUUCAUACAAGAUGGGUACGACAAAGUUGAGGAAAAAGAGAAGUACAAUAAGAUUUUAAAGCAACUACCAUUCUACAAGGGAAUGAACGGCAAACACUACACGCUAUCAGAGUUCUCGGAAUACGCCGUAAUCCCCGCUGAUGUCCCACCUGAAGAAAUUGACAAACUUCAAAAGCAUACACGCUGUCUUUUCUUGCACUCGGACCUGUUACCAACUUUCGAAAAGUUACUCACUCAACUUGGUGCUGCUGCAAAAGCAAGCAAUGCUGAUUUCUACAGGAACUAUAUUCUACCAAAUUUUGCAAUAUUUUCUGAUGAAUUGCGACUUAAAUAUCUUACUCACAUAAGAGACGAAGUUAUUCCAAGCCUAUAUAAUGAGCCUGAGGCCAAAGAUGAAUUUCUGAAAAAUUUGAAGUGGACGAGAUGCAUCCCUAAUAUAGAUGGUGAAUAUGUUCAUGCCUCGCAGUUCUAUGACCCACGCAACGUAGUUUUCAGGAUUAUGGUAGAUGAAUCAAGUCACAAGUUUCCUCCGCCUCCUUUCAACGAAGAAAAAUGGCUUGAUUUUCUUGAGUUGAUUGGGAUGAUCAAAGAUGUAGAUGAGACAUUAUUCAUGAAAUUUGCAACUCAUGUGGCUAAAGAUGGGAACUCUUCUCCAAACGACGAGACGAACAGAAAGAGAUCUAAAGUACUGUUGAAUUUCUUUUUUACAAACCAUCAUUUACAUAGUCCACGAUUUCUUCGUGAACUUUCCACUGAAAAGUUCAUUGCUUCGAAGAAAGUGGAAGAAGUGUAUCUUUCCCUAUACAGGCAGCAUUGCUGUGGCGAAAGUUCCAAUCCACCAUUUGUUCAGUUCUCGAAUGCUGUACCAUGGAAAUAUCGUUCUCUGGUCUGGACAAGUGCUAAUCUUCUUCCAGAAUGGGAAGGGGUAUCAUAUAUCUGUAGUGAACACCAGGAAUGUAAUGUUGAAGAUCUGUACACAAAUCUCGAAGUCAAAUAUCCUUCCCCAGAAAUGGUUAUAAGUCACUUGCAGAACAUCUCCGGAGUGCUGGCUGAACACUCAAAAAAAGAACAAAAAUUACCACAAAAUUUACAACUUACAAAAAUUAUGAAUAACAUUUAUGAAUUCCUUCAACGAGUGACGGAAUGUCCGAAACGAGAAAUCUCCGCUGAAUGCAGUAACACAUGUGAAAUGAUUGGAAAUCGUUUGGCAAGCACUCAAUGUAUCCUAGUACCUGUAGAUGAUCCGAACGCUGUCGUAAGAGGGGAUCAACUUUCGUUUAAGAUUCCAGACGGUAAAUCCCUUGUACCAUUCAUUUAUCAAGUUCCUCUGGAUUAUGGUAGUCUACAACAUUUAUUAAAGCGACUAGGAGCAACAGAAACCGUAACCCCAUUACAACUUGUUAGCGCUUUCAAGAAGAUGAAAGAUCGAACGAAGGAUAACAAGAUGAACCCAGACAUUGAAAAUAAAGCGAAUAAUGCGAUGUUUCUGUUGUUUGAGUCAGUGUUGAACGAAGCUAAAGAAGAGAAGAAAGAGUCAUCGAUUGCCAAUGUCAAAGAGUUGUACUUACCGAGUGUAGAUAAGAGAUUAAUCACGUCAAGCGAGCUUUUAUGUAAAAUUCCACCUCGCCAUAUUGAAACCAUCAAAACACUGCGUUACCAUGCAUUGUGCUUUUUUGAAACAUGUGGCCUUAAGAGGGAAUUGGAAAGUAAAUAUAUUGAAGCACUUCCCGCCAAACUACGCCCCAAACCAUUUAAUGUUGUCGCAAAAGAAACGUUGGAUGAAUCAUGUUUGGAGAAACCUUGUAAACUUUGUGAGAGCGACGACGAUGGCGACUGCGAAUUCAUUAAAAAUCUCAAAGUGUUACUCAAAUCGGAGCAGUUCAAGAACGGAAUUAUUCGUUUACUAAAGCAUCAGAAAGAUUCCAGUGAUUUGUCCCAGGAAGAAGAGCAAGCGGCAUCAAGAUUGAACGAAGUUGAAAUAAAAUGCAUGGAAAUGGUUCAAGUUCACUUGGUCGUUGUGAAAACAAAUGAAGUGUUGAAAGGCAGCUCCAUGCCUCGCAAGUCUUUUGUUGUUAAACGUGCCGAUACUGAUGCUUGGACGCUGUACAUGAAACACGGUGUGAUAUCUAGUAAUCUAGCCAAGUCCAUUAACAAGAUCUUGGAUUGGAGAAUCAAAGAAGAAUUUCUCCUGGCUAUUUCCGGUAUGUUGAGUUGUAACACACCAUUAGAGAUUCCCGGAAUAUUAAAUGAACACGAUAUUAAAGUUGACGCCGGAAAGAAUGACGAAGUAAAACUGGGCAGUGAAGUUCCUGUCGUGUUUCAUCAGUUGUUGGAGCAGAAUCCUCUGUUUGUGUUCCACGCUGGAGAACGUGUAGCGUAUUGUGCCAAGUUACCAGACGAUGGCAACCAAGAUGGCGAGACCAUAAAAUACAUCCUUGCAGAAAUUAUCAGAUGUGUGAAAUCAAAUUCCACCGAGGGUGAGUACGACUUCGAAGCGAGGUUUCUGAUCGACAUUGGCAGUGAACAAAAAGAAGUGAGCGUGCUCGAUUUGUACAAGUUUUACCAAGAUUAUCCGGAAGAAAAUUCUUGCACAGAUUUGGUGCCGUUCACAGGCGACGUGGCCAAAAAGCCCGAGACCUACGACGAAGCAAAGCGGGAGAUUUUGAAAGCCCUUCGUGCUGCAUGGCGCUUGCCGCCAGACCUACGUCGCAAGGCUAUUCAUCGGCUAUAUUUGCUUUGGCAUCCGGAUAAAAACCUAAACAAUCCUGAAUUUGCAGCUGAAAUGAUGAAAUUUCUGUUGGAACAAAUAGAGCGAAUGAAACAGGAGGAUAAAAGACUAGGAGAAAACUUUGACGUUGAUGAAAUGGUUCGACGAUGCAACACGCAAGCAUCGCGGGACAACGCAGCGUUUUACAACUAUCGAAGCCACAUUUCAUUUUCUACUUCGGGAUUUAGAUUCAAUUCUGAUAUGUUUCAUAGCGCUGAAGCAUAUACCACUCCAAACCCAAGAGAAGCGAAACGGUGGAUACAGCAGGCGGAAGGUGACCUCAGUACAUGUCAGUGGUUAGGAACAGCGAGAAAACCAUUCGAUGCUAUAGCUUGUUUUGAGAGUCAGCAAAUUGUCGAAAAGAGUUUGAAAGCAGCAUUAUAUUACGAAUGUGGUCUGGCCAAUGAGCAGCUACACACUCAUGAUGUAUACAGCCUUGCAACGGAUGUUAACAACCUUAAACGAUGGAACAACCAUGAAGUUGUCAGUUUGGCUUCGGGCGUUGCCAAAUAUUACCUUCCAACACGGUAUCCUAAUCGACUAUCCUACCCUAUGGUACCUCAUAACUCUUUUGAUGGUCAAUCAGAACAUGCCAUCCGCUCUGCUGCAGAAGUACUACGACUCGUGAAAGAAUUUACCAGGACAUAAAUGAUUAUUGAACUUUAAUUAUAACGUGAAUUUCGCAGUGCUAGUGGUGUAACGAGUAGAUAUUUCAUACUCGUUGUUAAUAAUCAGGUUCUAUUGCUUAUUUUUUGUCAGUAAUUGAUUAUUCUGACAAGAACUCAUUUCGCAAUUUAGACAUGUAAAACAUACGUGAUCAAAACUUGUCUUUUUAGUCUUAAGUUUAAAUUUGGGCUACGUUUUUUAGUACUGAAAUAUUUUAAUUCGUACAUAUAAACACUAGUUAAAAAUAGCUAGUAAUUAAUUCAAAUGGUGUUUUUUCGCCGGGUAUAACGAUAAAUUUUUUACCAAUCAGCGGGCGUAUAUACAAGUUAUCGUUGUGUAGUGUGACCAGGCCUUUAGCCUUCAUUUCUUAGCAAAAUGAAAACAUAUUGUUUUCAAUAUUAAUCCGUGAUCCAAAUUUAGAUCUUGUUUUAGUAAUUAAAGGUAACUGGUUGAUAAAAAAGCGAAACGGUUUCGCUUUUUUAUCAACCAGUUACCUUUAAUUGCGAAUAUGAGAUAUCUUUUUAAAGCCAUAAGCUCUGCUUACUUCGCUUUAUAUAUGAAAGAGAAAAUUUCAUAAAAUUUGUUAUAUUCUAGUUAAUGACUAUUUUAAAUUUUGUUCUUUAGAACAUUCUUAUAGUUCUAGCGUAUUAGUAUUGGUGUAAUCGAAGGGAAACACAUAUAAUUGGUACAUUUGUUUUAGAUAAUUCACUAGUUUUGAACUAGUUAUUGACUAAUAUACUAGUAUAGUUUUAUAGUUAGGGCCCGUUAAUAUGGAAGCUGGGCUGGCCCGCUUAGCGAGAUAACCCGGUAAACAAGUGAUUACUCGUGUGUUUAUACAGUAUGAUUAAAUUUCAUCCCGCUUGCCGGGACAAUUUCGUUAUUUUGAUAUUGUUUUGACAGGAAGUUAAAUAGUUUGCAGCGCUAUCUUUGAACAUUCAUCCCGGCAACCAGGCUAGUCCUAGCCUGCGUGGCAGGCUCUCUGGGUUUGGCGGAGGCGAUAGCCCGCUUGUGAGUGUUUAUAGGGAGAAAUUUCCAUCCCGGUAAGCGAGAUCUUGCCUCUUUCAAGCGAGAUCUCGGCAACCGGGCCAGCCCACCUGUACAACAUAAACGUGCACGAUAAUUUUAACUAUAAGAAUAACUACACAGCGAGAUCUCGCUUACCCGGCUGUCCCGCUUACCGGGCCAGCCCGGCUUCCACAUAAACAGGCCCUUAGUUGUAUUUUAUUAUUCUUAAGUUUGGGAACAAUUGGUGUAACUGUAGAUUUAGUUUUAGUCGAGAAACUCUUUGUAAUUCAAUAUUAAAAAUAAUUUUUACGAUGUGUAACUUCUGGUGUGCAACAAUCCAUGGU